AUGAAGCUUGUCUCCACGUUUCAUCAGCCAACAUCUGUUGUCUAUUCUCUGAAGUGCAAUCUCUCAAGCGAACCGGUGGAAUACCUCGUCCAAGCCAAACUCAAUUCGCUCGAAGUUGCUUCAAUCCAGCCUCAUGGACUACAACGCGAAUGUAGAUGGGAGAGUUCAGGGGGGAAUAUUUUGUCUGUGAAAUCGGUGUCGACGAGGGAUGGCUCCAGAAGUAAUCUCAUUGUUCUUAUCGACCACCCAGAGCCAGAGUUGGUAUUCCUCGAGCUCAAACCUACCGGACUGGCAGUCACUAAGCGCCUCGACCUCGCAGAGCAGAAGCCGCAUGCCGAAUUUUGUGACCACAACAACCUUGUUGUCCACCCCGACGGCAAAUUAGCUGUGGUCCAUUGCUACACCGGAAAAUUGCGUUUAGUUCGAUUGAAGCGAGGUCGCUAUGAUCGCGACUCGGACUCCAAUAUCAUGGAGUAUGUUGUUUUUGCGCUCACCUUCCUGCCACCUCGACCACGUGAGGAUUACCCCCUUGCAAUUCUCCAUCUCGACCACGAAAAACGCAGACAGUUGCUCGUUCACGCUGUAGACAUCAACGACUUGGAUAUUUCCCGCGAUGUGUCUGACGUUCUUCACCCAACGUGUAUCCCUUCGAAACUCCUACCAUUCCCUGCUGUCGGCGCUCCACCACCUAUACUGAUCCCUGUACCACGUCCAAGCUCUUUCGAGAACAUAUCUGAUGAUAAAGAGGGAGAUACGACCACAUUCAUUGGCGGGGUGUUGGUUGUGGGCGGUUCCAAGAUAAUGCUUUACGAGCUCGCGGGAGAAAAUGGGCGGGUCAAGCAGAGUAAUAAGAGGCGGAGACUUGAUCAAGCUAAACAGUCUGAAUAUCGACGAGAGCAAGCAGAAGCGAAAGAGGCGGAACGACAGAAGCGAAAGAGGAAGCCUAAAGCUACGGUUGACUGGCCAUGGAGCGAGGUCACUUGUUUUUGUCCAAUUGGAGAGGAACCUCUGAGAUACCUACUCGGCGAUGCGUUUGGCCGGGUCGCAAUGCUGUCCUUGCAUGAUGUCCCCAACCACGGUCUCAUUCUGAUACCGCUCGGAGAGACCUCUCCACCAAGCUCUCUGACCUAUUUGACAAAUGGUGUUAUCUUCGUGGGCUCACAUGCGGGCGAUUCGCAACUGAUUCGGAUUCACGAUGAACCCUUGCCGUCUUCCUCAAAGGCACCUGCUCUUCCCACACUUCCAAUCCCGCAUGAUAUUGAGACAUUUCCUCCUGCACGACUGGUUCCCCCUGUGUCUAACAAGGACUCCGACAUAGAAGCAGAUGUGGAAGUGCGUGACUGCAUCCUAGAAGAACAGGGCUCGUAUCUCCAAGUAAUUCAAACCUUCAAGAACAUCGCACCAAUCCGGGACGCUGUUAUUGUGGACACCGACGAGAGUGGGCAUUCGGAAAUUGUCACCUGUUCUGGUGGACAAAACACAGGGUCAAUCAACAUCAUUCGGAAAGGCGCAGACUUGCAGCAACUCGGUAUGAUUGCGGGAAUGCCACAUCUAGUGAACGUUUUCGCUUUGAAGAGGGUGCAAAGUGAUCCGAAGCAGUCUCACAUCCUCUUGUCAACAAUCAACACAGCGCAAUUAUUAGAGAUUGAGAGUAUUGAUAACUUUGUUCGUGUGGAUGUGCUCAAUGGAGGCUUCGUCGCCGAACGCACGCUGGCGGCGAAGAAUGUCCUCCAGAAAAACAUCGGCAGUGCAAUACGGCGUGGUGGGAAGGAAAUCCAGGCCGCCACGGCAACAUACGAGGCUACAUCUUUUGUAGUCCAGGUCACCCCUAAUGGUGUAUACCUGCUGGACUUUGAGAUCGACUCGACUUGGGAAAGGAAACAUGAAGUUAAAGCCGACUCUCUUGGCGGUGGAGUCGCUACCGCAUUAGAGAUCGUCGCUGCUGACAUCAACGCAUCACAAAUUGUGCUUGCGACUGGCAAUGGCGUAUUGACGUGCCUCGAAGUUUCUGGGAACACUUUGCAAACAAGUGCUCAAAAGCACUUGUCAGUUGAAAUAUCUGCCAUUUGUUGCGCACCAUUCGACCCGAAAGCGAAUUCUUCAAACAUUGCCGCGGUUGCUUAUUGGCGGACCAAUCAAAUACAGCUUUUCGAUCUCAGCAAUCAGCGGCCAUUCAACGAGAUAUGCAUAACCCAGUCAUUACCCAGUGUCGUCCGCAGCCUCCUUUUGUUCGAUUUCCAAGCCAGUGGGGGCGCUCAGCCGCAUCUUUUUGCCGGAUUGGGCAACGGGUCGCUCGCGAUCUUCACAUGGGACUCGACAUUACAAGUUCUCGGCAAACUGAAACUCGCAUCUCUAGGUGCCCUUCCAGUUGCGCUGACGCCGUAUACUCUACCAGACGGAAGGCGUGCUGUUCUUGCCACUGGAAGUCGCGCAGCGGUUUUGACUUGGGAGCACGAGCGACUGCAAGUCUCCCCGGUCAUGUUGAAAGACGCAGUUGCGACCACUCAACUGCACGCUGAAGGCUACGAGUCCUCGCUCUUGAUAGCUAAUGAUUCAGCUCUUUUCAUCUCACAAGUGCGGGAUGUUGACAGUAUGCAUAUACGAUCGGUUCCUUCUGGACCGGAUGUUCCCCAGAAAAUUGUCUAUGCUCCAUCAUUGAAGGUCUUCGGGGUGACAUAUUCACGCAGUGCACCCACCAGAGUUGGAAGCGAGGAGCCCGCUGUCCAAUCGUUCUUCCGCUUACUUGAUGAUUCGAGUCUUACCCAACUGAGUGAAUUUGAACCCAAGGCGUCGGAAGAAAUUACCUCUGUCGCCACCCUGAUCAGCGGCGAGGAUGAGACAGUGCUCUUCUGUGUUGGGUCAUAUAAUGUUGAUCUCCACGAAAGCGAGCCAAAAUCAGGCUGUCUGCGAGUCUUUUCUGCACAUCCCCUCGGUUCAGACGCACGUUCAAGUCUGGAUCUUCAACUACUCGCCUCUUCCGACAUUCCUGGCUGUGUCUAUGAUGUCAAGACGGUAAACGGACUCAUCGCAGUUGGCGUAAAUUCUUCCGUCCUUCUUUUCCGCCCAGACAUUAAUUCCGUCGCAAGCACUUUCUCGCUUCAACAGGUCUCGCGAAUGAAUUCAAACUACUUUGUAACAUGUCUCUCCAGUUACGACAACCGACUUGUCUUGGGAGACCAAAUUGCGUCCAUCUCUCUUGUCGAAACAAUGGAAGAUCUGCGGCUGCGGACUCUCGGCAGGGAUUUGGCUCCAUUGUCGCCUGUUUGUGUCCAGGCAGUCAAUGAAAGACACAUUCUGGCUGCCAACGAUACUCUCAAUUUACUUUCCUUUUCGUUUGACGAGAAGACGAAGAAGCUCGACCGAGAUGGGUACUAUCAGCAGUCGGAUUUAGUCAAUAAGCUUGUGCCAGGGUCAAUCGCUUCUGCAGAGACUGGGAGCCCACUCAAUCCUAUCCAGAUGUUCUUCACAUCGUCUGGCCGGAUUGGAGUGAUAGUUGAUGUUCAGGACGAUCAGCUCGCCCUUCACUUGACUGAUCUGCAGCGAAAUAUGUAUCGCGUGGUAGAGGACGGUGACCGACACAAGAGGUUGCGAACACCACAAUCCGGGGCGCGUCGUCGCGUUGGGGAGGAAGCUUACGGAUUCCUCGAUGGUGACUUCCUAGAGCGUUUGCUAUCUAUUCCAGACAGCCAGCUAGCAGAAAUCGAAAAGGGAUCGAAUGAGCACGAACGGCUCAAGCGACCGAUUGCUGACUUUGUGCAGCUGCUGAAAAAUCUUCAAUCUUUACACUGA